AUGAACCUGGUGGGGAGUUACCAGCACCAUCUGCUCCACGAGCCCUUCCUCUUCAGCCCGGCCUCCAGGUGCCACCCGGAGCGCUCCUACUUCCAGAGCUGGGUGCUCAACCCGGCCGAGGUGUCCCCCGAGCUCUCCGGGCAGCCCUCCCGCUACCCCAGCGCCGAGUUCGGGGCUCCGGGGCCCGGCCACGGGCCCAGCCGGCUGGAGGCGCUGAGCAGCCGGCUGGGCCGGCGGAAAGGCGUGGGCCCCAAGAAGGAGCGCCGGAGGACCGAGAGCAUCAACAGCGCCUUCGCCGAGCUGCGGGAGUGCAUCCCCAACGUGCCGGCCGACACCAAGCUCUCCAAGAUCAAGACCCUGCGCCUGGCCACCAGCUACAUCGCCUACCUGAUGGAGGUGCUGGCCAAGGACAGCCAGGCCGGGGAGACCGAGGGCUUCAAGGCCGAGCUCAAGAAAACGGACAGCCGGGAGAGCAAGCGGAAAAGGGAGCCGCAGCCUGAAGUCUACUCGCAUUCCCUAGGCCAUGGAGAGAAAAAGCUUAAAGGAAGGACUGGUUGGCCUCAGCAGGUCUGGGCUCUGGAGUUAAAUCAGUGAGAAGAGAGACACAAAUCAAAGACCGAACUCAUUUUUAAAACCGAUCCAGAAGAUUUUUCCCCCCCUGAGCGCUCGUCAGGCUGGGAGUGUAACCAAUCGCUCUUAUCAUGUGCAAUGUUUAAGAAGGAAAAAGGGUUGGAGAUGGGGAGAAAUCCAGGAGGGGGGGAGAAUAUGAAGAACUGGGCAGGAGGAAAAGAACUCGUGAGAAACAGGGUGACUCUAGUGUAAACGAAACACGCUCUGCUUGUUCUAAAUGCUCCGGAAUUGGAAUCGCUUCCCUACCUUAUUUUUCCAGCGGCCUUAAUUUUCUCCUUGCUGAAGGCAUCCCCUGGUCUCUGUCUCCUUUCGCCAUAAAAAUGAAACGGAUGCAAUAUGGACUCUCAGCAGAAACACAAAUAAGAGCGGUAGGCAGGAUCCGUUUCUGCCUGGGCAGUCUGGGGCGGAUUCUGAUCCUGGUGGACAUGCAGAGGCAGUAAUAUCGGGAGGUUGCCCUGUGAGGUGAGUGAAUGCAGGAUCGGGACCUAAUGCAGAGAGAGCUGCUUGAAUCGAAUGAGCCCUCAACUAAUUUUUUUUUUGUAACCUUUCAGUUCAUUUAUUUUGUAACCAGUGUUUGGCUGGCUCCCGCCCUUCCGCCCAACAGUCUGAGGGAAACACCUUGUUCUUAUUUUUGUAAAUACAACCCCCACGUUGUUGAAAUGUGUUGAUGUAUUUAAACUACCUAACGCAUUUGGGAAGUUUCCUGUGCCGGGUUUUCUACCUCAAAUUUGUAUGACCAC